AUGGCUAGAAAGUCAACUUAUCAGGUAUUAUUAUAAGCUAUUAAAACAUACAUUUUUGGAUUUUGUUUUGGUUUUUAAGUCAAAUUGCUUUACUUUUAAGCUUACUUUUAGAUUUUUAACCAAGUUUUAUUUAUUUUAACUACUGUGUGAUACCUGUAUAAAGAACAAAAUUAAAGUCCCCAAGCGAUUUGUUAUGCAGAAGUUUCACUGUAGUUACUUUAAGCCAAGAAUAAACUUUUUGUCGAACAUUUUUAACUUUUUAAUGUUUUAAAUUUAAGCUUAAAACUUAUAUUUUAUUUUUUAAGCCUAAAACUCUGUUUUUAAUCUUAAAACCCUAUUUUUAAGCUUAAAAUUCAUUUUUAAGCCUAAAAUUUAUUUUUAAGCUUAAAAUACAUUUUUAAGCCUAAAAUUUAGUUUUAAGCCUUAAAUUCGAUUUUUAAGCCUAAAAUUUAUUUCUAAGCCUAAAAUUCAUUUUUAACCCUAAAAUUUGUUUUUAAACCUUAAAUGUCAUUUUUAAGCCUAAAAUUUAUUUGUAAGCUUCAAAUUUCAUUUUUAUCCCUAAAAUUAAGCUUUAAGCCUAAAAUUCAUUUUUAAAUUUCAAAUUUCAUUUUUAAGCCUAACAAUUGUAAUAUGUUGUAAAGCAUAUUUUAAUAGUGCCUAAAAUUUAUCUUUUUCAGAUACCCUACACCCAACUGAACCAUUUGGUAGAACCAAGAUCAUUCUUGUCCCUCCUAAAAUCUUUCUUUUUGGCCAUAUUUGGGAUUGUUUUACUACUUGGCUGUACCUACCUAAUACGGCCGAACGUUGUCACAUUAGUACAGCCAGAUGUGAUCAAAUACACGUUUCGAAACGAAGAGAACCCAUUUGAAUGGAAAAGAUACAACAAGUCUAUACUGGUGUCGGCAGGCGAUUGUGCUGGGAUGGGCAAUGUGGUAAGUAUAAUAGUAACAUUUUGUGGUAAGGCCAUUUUUAAAGUUUUAAAUUUUUUAUUGACUUGAGGGUGGGAUUUAAAUUAAAAAAUGAAUUUUAGGCUUAUAAAAUGGAGUUAGGCUAUUAAAAUUCGGAUUUAGGCUUAAAAAUGAAAUGUAGAAUUAAAAGUAAAAUUUAGGCUUAGAAACUAUAAUUUAGGCUUAAAAAUGGAAUUUAAACUUAAAAAAUUAAUAUUAAGUUUAAAAAUGAAAUUUAGGUUUAAAAAAUUAAAUUAAGCUUAAAAACUUAAUUUUAGCUUUGAAAAAUGAAAAAAAAUGAAAUCGAGUAAUAAAAUUUAGGAUUAAAAAUAAAAUAUAGACUUAAAAAAUUAAUUUAAGCUUAAAAAUUAAAUUUUUUGGGUUUAAAGGUUAAAUUGUAAGCUAAAAAUUAAUUUUUAAGCUCAUUUUUUGAUUUUAGAUAUUUCGCUUGGCUUUUGUGUACGCUAUGGGUCGACGUUUCCAUCGAACACCAAUUAUGUCCUAUGGAAAGAACAUUGAGUGCAAACGAAAAGACAAAUUAGAGCUCUACUCUUACUUUCCUAACAUUAUAGGGCCGGCUUUUGACGUAAGUCUGACCUUUUUCUGUUUCAGAACUUUGAAAUUUUUUAAGUUUAACAGUUGAAAAUUAAUGACAAAUAAAUUUUAUGUUUUUGUAAAUUAGGUAUUAAAAUGAAAGGCGCUAGAACAAAUGCGGUUUUUAAAAACUUGCGGAUCUUCGGUUUAUGGACACUUGCGGAUUUUUUAAAAGUUUUUUUUAAAAUUUUUAGUUAAUUUAGUUGUAGUAUGGUACUAAAUGGUACUAAAGCUUAAAUUGGUACUGUUUUAAUAUGUUUUAGUGCUAAAUAGUAAUAAAUUUUAAAUUGGUACUGUUUUAUAUUUUUUUUGACUGAGUGGUACUAAAAGCCCAAAAUGCUACUGUUAUGUUAAAACCGUACCAAUUUACAUUUUAGUACUAUUUAGUACCAUACUACAACUAAAUUAACUAAAAAAACCCUUUAAAAAAUCCGCAAGUGUCCAAAAACCGCAUUUGUUCUAGCGCCAAAUGAAAAAAUAAGGCUUAAAAUAGAUUUUUGUUUUAAAUUUAUUUGUAUUGAAAAUAAAGAGAAUUAGAUAGUAACGACAGUGUUAUAGGAACCCGAGCCUGAAAGUUCCAAAGCGAUCAAUUUUGGCGGCGGAACUUGGAAAUCAGACGAUUUUUCAAAGUAAAAAAGUUAAACAAGUUAUUAUAUGUACAUACAUACAGAUAGAUACAGAAAAGUUAUGUAGGAGAGAUUAGAUUCAGUUCUUGUAUAUGAGCUUUGAAGCUGGGGGCGAAGUUUAAUUUGAUUAAGAAUGUCGGAACUGGAGCUAGAAUUUUCAAAAAAGCAAACGCUGCUUAGUAACUUAUAUUAAAGUAUAGCAUGGUAUGAUAGAGAAAAGUAGUGCAGGGUGGCAUACAGUAAGGUUGGGAUAAGUGAACUAGCGUUGAGUAGGAAAAAGUAACUUAAGGCACAGUAAGGUAAAUAAGCCUAGGAUAAGACAAAGUAGGGUGAGUAGAGCAAAGUUGGUACAGUAUGGUAGGGUAGGGUAGGGUAGGGCAGGGUAGUGUGUGAAAAAGUAUGUUAUACUUUUAAUUAGGCUAAAGCGAUGAAUGCUAUAGACCUUGAUAAGUAAACUAAUAUCACUUUUCUAGGCUAGACAUACCAGAUGCUGUAAUACGUCCAACGGGUCUAUAUCUACAGUCUUUCUUGUACUUUAAUGAAUACCGCGAUGAAAUCCGAACCAUGAUGAAGCCAUCGCCAGGUGUUGUGUCAUUUGUCGACCGAUAUAUCAAAAAUGUAUGGCCAGAUCUGCCGAAGCACAAGAUGUGUAUUCAUUUAAGGAGCUUUCCUAGUAAUCAUCCUACUGUUUCUACUAAUAUCACGUUUGCUACAGAAUCCAUUCGAUUUGUGGCAAAUUAUUUGAGAGAAAGUGAAAAUAUCUCCGAUAUUGGACUGAUCAUCUUUACUGAAAAGAACGACUGGAUUAAGACCGUUAAGGAGGCAAUAAAAGUAAGAGUUUUGUUAUCUUUUUUUUGAAAUAAGUAAGGGUUUGAGUAGAGCUACGGCAGGGCUACGUGGAGCGUUAACCAUGGUAGUUGCUUCAAAUUAGAAGUGAGAAAUGGGUUGGGCGGGGCUUACUUUUGAGGCCCGGUCCUGGCCCGGGGCUCAACGUUUAGGUCUGGCUUGGUCUUUGUUUUUCAGGAUGUCUCGACCCGGUUGAAAAAAUGCUAGGCUUGGUCAGGCCUGGCGCGUUUCUUACCCCUAUUCCAAAUAUCUCAACCUUUGUUUAAUUUAUAAUAGUUCACCAAAUAUCCUUCGGGUUCUAUAGCAAGUCUUAUAUAGGAUGAAAGAGCAUAAAAAGUUGUCAUGAAAGCCAUCUUUAAAAACUGCUAAAUUGCCUUGGCUAGCGAGUUAUGUAUAAGCAGCCAAAAAUUUAAAUAUUAUGUCUUUAGUGCAAAUAUCUUUUUUAAGCCUUAAAUUAUUGUUUUGUUGAGGUUAAUUUAAAGUUAAGGUAUUUUAAAGUAGGGCUAAUGUGGGGCCAGUUUACUGUUGCGAUAAGUCUAGUUUUUGGUUAUAAUAAAGCUAGGUUACGACUACAAUAAUUUAGAAGUUAAUGAGGCAGAGCUAUGCUAUUUAAGCAAGUUCAAAAAACUGAGUUUUCAGAACGAAACAGAUAUUGAAAAGCACCACUCCCCUAGGCUGUUGGUUCGAGCUCAAGAAUGGGCCUUAGCUCAACAACAUUGUGAUUCCUUUAUCAUAACUACGAUCGGCUCAACUUAUUCAUGGUGGAUGGCAUACCUGAUGAAGGAAGAAGCUCAAAAAAGAAUAUUUUACAAAGAUGAGAUGUUUCUUGUAAGUUGGUUUAUAUUAGGUUGUUCUAAAAAGAAUGGCCAAUUUUACCUUGGUCUCUCCGCCAAAAUCGGCCACUUUUUUUGAAGCAAACUAAUAUUUCUUUAAAGUUGUCUUUUAAAUUCAGUAUUGAACUUUAUUUUAAAAUAUUAGGUUGUUCAACUAACUCUGAGCUUCUCAUACUCUAAAAUGUGCUUUGAGAAGAGGCAAAAAAUUUUUUGAAUAACGUGUUAGGUUUAAAAUUUAAUUGUUCAGCCUUUUAAGUUUUGAAUGACUUUUAAGUCUGUUAAGUCUAAUUUAAAUUCAUUUUUAGCCUAACCACGAGAACAAGAAAACUAGUUUUGUAGCAAAUGAAUUUUUACCGCCAAAUUGGAAUGAACUUGAUUGGGUUAAUGGAACACUCCAACUGAAACCGAGAUCUCUAUAG